CUUCCACUGCAGGGAUCCCUUGCCUACACGUUCAUCCAAAUUAACCGUCUAGCAAAUCUAAUGAAAGCGUCUUCAUGCUGGGGGACUCUGCGGGUGAUCUUUUGGAAACGGGUCAAGGCGCCGUUGCGCACCGUUAUCUGACGUUUCCAGUGCUUGAGUAUGAGAAGAUUUGAACAAUUGGUGCGGAAUACAGAAAUUUACGCUUUAUUUUCUCCAGAGAGAUAAAGUUCUCGAAUGACUGGGAGAGGAAAAGUCAUUUUCAAUGAGGAACGAUCCGCUGUGUUGGUGUGUAAUUGCAGCGCAAUUGAGAGGAUUUCUGUCAAAACCAAUAGGCUACAUUCAUCAGAAUAUUAUCGGGUUACAAAUUAUUCAAUGAUUUAAGAGGGGCAACUUGCCAAGAUUCCUGCCUGGAAUUUCUCGCCCGCGUAAUCUUUUGAGGCUCGUCUCGCGCAGUCCAAAUUGUCUGUUGGCGCCCUUUGUACUGUCAUUUAGCCGUCAAGACGUUUUAUACAAAACAAUAAAGAUUUUGUAACAUAUUUUUGAUGUAUAAUAAUACUAAUAAUAAACAAAGUGAAUCGCAGUAAUUAUAGUUUGUCCAUUUCCUAACUGAACUGAUAUAGUUUCCUUAGCGAACACGUCUUAUUAUUUCGCGCGAAAACGCGCGAGCAGCGUAUUGUUGCUAUUGGUAAGUUCCUAGCGAACAUUCUGUUCGCAGUAGUCUGUUUAGCAGACACUGACUAAAAAAGUGAAAAGUGAUAAAUAUCUAGUCUACUUCUAUCUACUUAUAGUUUGCUGGUGUGCACUGCGAUAACGAGCCUUACGUACUACGCAACGAUCGGCGUACUGUUGCAACCUCAAUGAACACUUACGUUCGAACCUACGUUCGCUUGCGUAGCCUACUCUAGAUUUAACUUGUGUGGUGAAAUGUUCCAAAACGCUUCAACGUACACGCAAAAUAUGAGAUUACCUUAACAUUUCUGUAUUUAUUUGAUUAAAAGGCCUAUAAUUUUGCUGUUAACCUCAUUUAUUUAUAAUAUUCCAAAUAACUUUAUUUUUCUAAAAAAUAUCUAUGUAUCUGUUCAUUUAUUUAUUUAUUCAUUUAGCAAGGCUUUUGUGAAAUUCGAGAUAAAUGCAAGAGAAAAAAAUUGCUGCGGGCAAUUGUGAUUAUUAUUCAUUUGAACAAUUUGCACAGUCAUUUCAGGAGGGGAUUCCACCCCACCAGUGGAUGCGCAGAGGUGCACAAUCUCUCUUGUUUUUCUGAAGGAGUAUUUCUGCUGUGGGUGGUGGUAUUCAGUUCACUUUGCUUUCAGCAGAUGCUGAGUUCAUUCUCCAGUGCAAAUAUGGAGCUGGGUAAAAUGACUGGGGAUGCAGGAUCGGCGCACGCUGAGCUUCACACACAGAAAAACCACUGAACACAUCAUCUGAGUAAAUAGUCAGUUUAUAUAAGUAUUUGAAACGCUGUGAAACCUUUCAUAAUGUGGAUUAUAGUACUGUGGAUAUUUGCCCAAGUUUUGCUUGGUACUUCAGUCGAAGCACAGCAUGUGGACCCUGAAGUAGGCUUAACAGCUCAGGAACAAGUUCUCCUGCUGUACGACAUCAAACUGCAGUGCCUUCAGAACAUCUCAGAACACAACCCUGCUGAUGAGGUCUGUUCUCCUGGAUGGGACGGACUGGUUUGCUGGCCUCAAGGUUCCCCAGGAACCGUCACCAAAGUGCCAUGUCCCGGCUAUGUGUACGACUUCAACCACAAUGGAUUUGCAUACCGUCAGUGCAACUUGAAUGGAUCGUGGGUAUCGGUGGAGAACAGAACUUGGGUCAAUUAUUCAGACUGUCUGCGGUUUAUGGCUCCAGGCAUUGAAAAGGACAAAAGGGACUUUUUCGAGCGGCUGCACAUCAUGUACACAGUCGGCUACGCGGUGUCCUUCAGCUCUCUGCUAGUCGCCAUUUUCAUCAUUGGAUACUUUCGGCGUCUCCACUGCACCAGAAACUACAUCCACAUGCAUCUGUUCGUGUCUUUCAUGCUGCGUGCGGUCAGCAUUUUCGUGAAAGAUAGAGUGGUGUAUGCUAAUGGUCUGCUACAGGAGUACGACACCAUGCUAAUGGACAACAUCAGCACCAUCUCCAUUUCCCCUCUUGACAAGACUCAGUAUUUUGGCUGCAAGAUCACAGUCCUAUUCUUCAUUUAUUUCCUGGCAACCAACUACUACUGGAUCCUAGUGGAGGGACUGUACCUUCACAGUCUCAUUUUUAUGGCGUUCUUCUCCGACUCCAAAUAUCUUUGGGGUUUCACCCUCAUAGGGUGGGGUGUUCCGGCUCUCUUCGUAUCAACCUGGGCUGUCGUCAGGGCAACGGUGGCAGAUGUAAGGUGUUGGGAGUUGAGCGCUGGCAAUAUUAAAUGGAUAUACCAAGUUCCUAUACUGACAGCAAUAGGGCUGAAUUUCAUUCUGUUUGUGAAUAUCGUACGAGUUCUGGCCACUAAGAUCCGAGAAACAAACGCAGGCCGCUACGACACGCGUAAACAGUACAGGAAGCUGGCCAAGUCCACAUUUGUUUUGGUUCUGGUUUUCGGCGUCCACUACAUCAUGUUUGUGGGAAUGCCGCACACAUUCACAGGUCUUGGUUGGGAGCUGCGCAUGUACUUUGAACUCUUCUUCAACUCAUUCCAGGGAUUUUUUGUGUCUAUUAUCUACUGUUUCUGCAAUGGAGAGGUCCAGACUGAAAUCCGUAAGACCUGGCUCCGUUGGACGCUUGCAUUUGACUGGAAGGGUCCUGUAGUUUUGGCGAACUACCGCUACGGGUCGGUCCUGAACAGCAGUGGCGCCAGCGUCCAGUCCCAGCUGACCUCUGUGAGCCGCAGUUCUGCCCUCCUCACCAGCAGGGUGUACCGCUGCGCCGGUCGAACCAGUGUCGGCUCACUCACGCAUGCCUCGCACAUACACACCACCUUGCCCGGGUACGUCUUCAGCAACUCGGACAUUGAGAGCCUUCCGCCUUCGAUUCCGGAAGAAAUCGACGAGGAGGCCAAACACAUCGAUGACAUCACACUCAAAGAAAGCGCUAAAGCCGUUAACGUCAUCACCGUACGACAGGAAGCCCUCAGCGUCUGUUUCGAGGAGAGUGGACAAAGCACAUCCCACGUGGAUUCUGAUGACAUCAUAAAGAGGGACGAAGACGCCCCCCCUACGGAAAUCACCAAAUGCACUGGUGACAUCAUGCUGAAGGAUUCUUUAUCUGUGAGGUACAACAGUUUGGAUCAAGAGGAGGAGGAAGUACUUUAAAAAGCAGACUUCAUUUAACGUUAACAAAUUGCCGUUUGCAACCCCUUUUACUUCUUUCAUGUGACGUAUUUAUGAUUGAAACAGGAUAUUCAAAAAAAAAAAAAACCUUGAUUAUCCUUCGGGAAUUGAUUGGAUUGUCAAAAUCGACUGUACAUACCAAAAAUGGAGCCAGACCUGAAUGUGAGUUUGCAGUGCCUAAACAGUAAUUUGGAUAUUUGUUAACAUCAUCCAAUAGCCCGUGCCACGUAAGUGAGGUAAGCUUAAAAGUAAAGUCGCCUCAGAAAGAAGAGCUAGUUUUGUGGGGGAGGGAAAGUUUUUGUUUUGUUUUUUUAAACGACGUUCUUUGAUUUAUAGUAAGACCAAAUACGUGUAUUAAAGGAUUCGUUUACUUUGAAAUGAAAAAUACCCCAAGAUUUAUUCACCCUCAAACCAUCCUAGGUGUAUAUGACUUUCUUCUUUCUGAUGAACACAAUCGGAGUUAUAUUAAUAAAUAUCCUGACGCAUCCAAGCUUUACGAGUAUGUAAACUUCUGCCAGACCGCCUUCCAUAUUCAACUUACGAAAAAAAGCGUAACUGAUGCAACAUCAGUUACAGAAUACGGAAGGCAGUCUGGCGGAAGCUAGUUAUUUUACUUUAUAAUCUGUUAAAUAUGGAUAUUUUUCUUACACAAACGCAUUAUUUAUGAUGGAUGGAUGCACUUUCUUCAGCUUCAUACUCAUUGGUCCCGUUCACUGCCAUUAUAAAGCUUUGAUGCAUCAGGAUGUUUAUUAAUAUAACUCUGAUUGUGUCCAUCAGAAAGAAGAAAGUCAUAUACACCUAGGUUGGCUUGAGGGUGAGUAAAUCUUGGGGUUUUCAUUUCAAAGUGAACUAAUCCUUUAAGAAGGUAAAUGGGAUCCAUUUUGAUUUAAUGUUUACUUUAAAAUAAUCUCAAUGAAUUGCCGUUUUGCAACCCAUUUUACUUCCGUGAUGUGACAUAUUUACGAUUGAAACAUGAUAUGCUUCAACAACAACAGAAAACCUUUGAUUUUAUCCUUCGGGAAUUGAUUGGAUUGUCAAAAUUGGUUGUACAUACCAAAAAUGGAGCCAGACCUGAAUGCGAGUUUGCUAAGAAUGUGUAUUAAGAAAGUAAAUGGGUCCAUUUAGAUUUCAUGUUUACUUGAAAAAAAUGAUCGCAAGCCAGUCAAACACAGAGGCUAUACGUGUUGUGUAAUGCAUGAAAAUACAGUUUGGUUGGGAUAAAUAGUUUUCACUUAUUUUUAGGCCUUCCGUUCAAAGCCCAGUUUGCGAGAAAGACUUGUGGAAUUCUCCUUCUGCUUGCAUUUUGUUUGUAAAAUUGUUCGCCAAACCAUUUGUGCGUAAGUUGGUUUUACCAAUAAAUUUUGACAUAUUUGUUAUGCUUGUGUUUCAUAGGGUGACCAUAUGUGCCAUUUUCCCAGGACGCGUCCUGUCCAGGAUUUCUAAAUUGCCUAAAAUGGCUUGAGCCCUUGCCUCUUUAAUCGUGAAAGUGGUCAUAUCGAUGUGCCCCCGGAACGCGAUUUAGGAACGCGAUUUCUAUACGGAGGCAAGCCACUGUUCUUAUUGACAGUCUUCAUGCAAUGCAUUAAAAUGUUGUCGUAUUUGCAAUGCUUUGACCGUUCUCUGUAGAUCCAGCCUUCUCGCAAGCCACGAUUGGUCGAUUAUGUAUAAUGCACGCUAUUGGUCAAAUUAUUUUUCAGUCAUUACCUUCCGCAAAUAUGAAAACAAAACCAAAACUGGGACAUUUUAUGCAACUUAGAAAUCCUGGACAAGACGAGGAGAAAAUGGCACAUGGUCACCCUAAAAUGGAAAAUGGUCACCCUAGUGUUUCAUGAAUGCGACCAAGGUUCAGAGUUCUGCUUUGCGGUGUAAGUAUUUGAUUAUGCUUUUAGCAAGACAGUCAGUUGGUCGCUGCUUGGCAUGAAUGUUUUAUUGUACAAAUUUUGUAUCAAGCUAUUUUUUUACUGUGUUUUACAAGUAAAUGUUUUUCUUAAAUUGUUUUAAAUGUAUUGACAUUUCACGCAAAGGUGUAAUAAACGCAAUGAAUCAUA